UGCAGCUGUAGUAACCAUAGUAACUGCAUCGCGUUGCACCGUAGGGCUGUCUCCUUGCGUCGUGGCUAGUGGGAUUGCGCGAUUUGAGCCGUUUUUAUUGAUACUCUUACGCAUCAGCCAGUUCUGUUGUUUCCUGUGUUGGACGGUGCUUGCGAACUUCGCCAGGUCAUUCGUCAGCAGCCUUUAUGUGACGUAAUUAUAUCGGAGAUCACGCCUGAAGACUGCGCCAUGACUCGUGAGGAGCAUCAAGAACUCGUCGCCGUGAUCAGAAGCGUUCACGAAAAACUAAGGCUUGAUUACCAGACAAACGGAGAUGGGGACCGGGUUUGGAAGGACCACUGCGAAGACAUAGAGAUGAGGAGCAAAUAUGCUGAGAGCAUGCUUCAGCUAGCCACAUCCAUUUGGCCCUACAAGGACCGCAUUGAGUGGUGCUACCACACGAUGAGGGAGUACUUCUUUGGUGAUGGUCUCGAGCACAGCCUGCGAAGGCACUACAGGAAAAUGGGCCUACCAUGUUCCGAGUCCAUUCUCGAGCAAGCCAGAGAAGUCCUGGAACUGGCAGAGGAAAAGGUGCGUCUUCUGGACGUUGGAAGCUGCUACAACCCUUUCAGUGCUUACACCGAUAUUGAUGCACUUGCCAUCGAUUUGACACCUGCUACAGAGCUCGAAGAGAACAAGCUGGGCAGCGUCGGAACCCCGCAGGGCUCGGUGAUCUCCCCGUUACUCUUCAACCUCGUGAUGAUCGGGGUGGGCAACCGGCUAGAAAGAGUAACGGGAGUCCGGCACACCAUCUACGCCGACGACGUUACGCUAUGGGUACCGGGACGAAGCGACGGACACAUCGAGACAACGCUGCAGAAGCGGUCAACGCCAUCGAGGAGCAGCUGGACGGGUCUGGAAUCGUCUGCUCUCCGACCAAGUCAGAGCUGCUGGUGA